AUGGAUGACAACGAAUUUGAUCAAGUACCUCAAAUUUUAUUUGAAGAUGUUACAUCUCUCAGUAAACUAGGCACUCUUGGAACUCUCAUUCCGAUGACGAACGAUACACGCGCUGUACUAUGCGGUGACGACUCUAAAAAUGUCGUCGUUGUCGCAACUCGAGUCGGCAAUGGUCGAUGUUUGGUAUUUGCACAUAAUGGUUAUCCUGGUAUUUUUCUCACUAAUGAUACAAAAGAUAAGGGUUUUGUUGAAAACUGUCGUCGAUGGUUGUCUCGAGAAGAAGAUGCACAAUUCGAAUCAAUCAACGCGACGGAUUCGAUGGACAAGGUUAAGAAAAGUGAAACAAUUCUUGUUUGGAAUGGACAUAACAAUAAAAGUGAUAAAUUCAUGGAUGAUUUGUGUAUAUAUUUAAAAGAAGGUGGUGCUCUCGUUUGUGGAGUAACUGCCUGGGGUUGGCUACAGGGAAAUAAAAACAAAUUGCUUUCGGAUUUUCCAUUCGCUCGUUUUUGUGAUUAUAUUGGUGUCAAAUUGGUCGAUAACUAUGCUAGUUGUGCCAAUCCGAUUUUGUUUCGAUCUGAAUUGGUCAAAUUCAAAAAUAUUUAUCAAGUUGUUCAAGCACUAGCCAGCGAACCGAACAAUGUUGAAAAUUUGUCGAUCGUCGAAUCGGCAAUUAAGAAACUAGGCGGUACGUUGCCUGGUGUACCGCUUGAGCCCUUACAAAAUAUUGUUCUGAAUGCUGGAAGUAAUGUUACUCCUGUGAGUAGUUGUCCGAUUAAAGAUAAAUCUUGUCGACAACAAUCGAUCAGCAUGUGUACCAUUUUGUGUGCAUUACCUGGUAUUAAAGCUCCUGGCAAGUAG